UGUGUGAUUGGUAAGAAAUCAAUGAAUUGUCAAGGAAUGGAUUUUGUUAAAGUGCCAUUACAGAGAUUUACCACUGCUGUUAACUCGGAUAUGUGUCAAAUAAAUCGACAGGUUGAACGAAUUAGACGCUUGGAGAAUAAUGAAGAUUCUGACGAAUAUCACUGGGAAAUUAAUAAUUUUAAUCAAAGAAUUUCUCAUUUGAGAAUUUGUAUUCUGGAAAUUGAAAAAUGUCGUAUGAAGCUCCACAGCGAGACAGAAAUUGAACAAUUCGACAAAAUAGUUAAUCCGCUGACAAUUGAAGCUGUCGAUUGCCUAAAUAAAUUCACCGUUUUUUUAAAAAAACGGUCACACGAGGAUUACGAUUUUGAGGUUUUUGAAGAAUCUACGCAAAAAUUGAAAAAUAUGUUGAUAAGCGUGAAUCAAACGUUCAAGACCUCACAUGAUAAUCUACAAAAUAUUCAAUGUCAAUUCAACGAAGCUGAAUUUAACUCAAAAAUUGAAGAUUCUACUUUUAAAAAAACUAAAAUGAAUAAACUCGCACUUAUAUCCUCAUUAGCUGGCGGUGCGGUUGGAGCCAUUAUAGGUGGACCAGUGGGCUGUGUGUUGGGCUUUAAAUUUGGCUUGAUUGCAGGAACCUCGUCAGUAUCUGACAUGGUGUCCGAAUUUUUGCAAUCUAUGUUAACUAAAGAAGACCCUAGAGCAGAUUUAGCCGAGUUUAUAGUAUUUAUCGAACUGCAGAAAUCACUUCUGGAAGUCAAACAGCGUUUGAAUCACGUGCACAAACAAUUAUCCGUCAAAUAA